AUGUUUUUUUUUUUUUUUGGUCAAACUCUAAUAAAUGUUUUAAUUGUGUAACUUAAACAUAAUUAGUUGAAUGGGUGGGAAGAAGUGGUCAGUGACUCAGUGGGGAACAUCAUCUUCCCCUGAAAUUGAUUUCUCUUCUUCUUCUUCUUCAGAUAUAAACCCUAAACCCUCUUUUAAAACCCUAAAGUUAUAUCUAUCGGUUUUAAACGAUAGAGAUGAACAAAACAGUAGUAAGAUGUCUACUCUCUCCUUCACACCAUCCUUUGAUUCGAUUCUCCACCAAUUCCUCUCUUCUCCACAGAGUUUUCACCUGUAGCCGUUACCUCACGGCUAGGUUUAUCUCCAUUCCUCCUCCGCCUGACGAAAUGUAUGGAUUCGACGAUCCUUUCUCCCCUACUGAGUCGCGGGAUUUGACUAAAGAGUUUUCCUUUUUGCAUGAUUCUCUUCUUGUCGACUCUGGUAAUGUUGUUGAUGUAGUAGCAGUGCCGAUUACUCAAUCCUCUAUUGAUGCUAGAGCCAUCGCAGAGGCUGUUUCUGGUGGCGGCGAUGUGUUUGGGAGCAAAUCCCAGAAGUUUCUUAGGCAAUUUAGAGAGAAACUGAGUGAGAGCUUAGUGAUUGAGGUGUUGCGUUUGAUACAGAGACCUUCUGAUGUUAUCAGCUUCUUCGUUUGGGCAGGUAGGCAGAUUGGUUAUAAGCAUACUCCACCUGUGUAUAACGCUUUGGUUGAUCUGAUUGUACGUGAUGAUGACGAAAAUAUUCCGGAAGAGCUCUUGCAACAGAUUAGAGAUGAUGAUAAGGAAGUGUUUGGGGAAUUUCUUAAUGUCUUGGUUAGGAAACAUUGCAGGAAUGGUUCAUUUAGUAUUGCACUUGAGGAGUUAGGGAGACUCAAGGAUUUUAAGUUUAGACCUUCGAGAUCUACUUAUAAUUGUUUGAUUCAGGCAUUUCUCAAGGCUGAUCGUUUGGACUCUGCUUCUUUGGUUCAUCGGGAAAUGUCUCUUGCAAAUCUUCGGAUGGAUGGGUUUACUCUUAGAUGCUUUGCUUAUUCUCUCUGUAAAGUAGGAAAGUGGAGGGAAGCUCUAUCAUUGAUGGAAACUGAAAAUUUUGUCCCUGAUACUGUCUUUUAUACAAAACUGAUAUCUGGUCUGUGUGAAGCUUCGCUUUUUGAAGAGGCUAUGGAUUUCUUGAAUAGGAUGCGAGCUACUUCCUGUCUUCCAAAUGUUGUAACAUAUUCAACUUUGCUGUGUGGAUGCUUGAACAAAAAACAGCUGGGUAGGUGUAAAAGGGUGCUUAAUAUGAUGAUGGUGGAAGGUUGUUAUCCAAGUCCCAAGAUUUUUAAUUCCCUUGUACAUGCUUACUGCACAUCAGGAGAUCAUUCAUAUGCAUACAAAUUGCUAAAGAAAAUGGUUAAAUGUGGUCACAUGCCAGGAUAUGUUGUCUACAAUAUAUUGAUUGGGAGUAUUUGUUGUGACAAAGACUCGCUUAGUUGUGAUCUGUUGGAAUUAGCUGAGAAAGCUUACAGUGAAAUGCUUGCUACAGGGGUUGUUCUGAAUAAGAUUAAUGUCAGUAACUUCACACGGUGUCUUUGUAGUGCUGGGAAAUAUGAAAAGGCAUUUAAUGUUAUCCGUGAAAUGAUUGGUCAGGGAUUUAUACCAGAUACCAGUACCUAUUCCAAAGUUCUUGGUUAUUUAUGUAAUGCUUCGAAAAUGGAGUUGGCGUUUCUGUUGUUUGAAGAAAUGAAAAGGGGCGGCCUUGCUGCUGAUGUCUACACGUAUACUAUUAUGGUGGAUAGUCUUUGUAAAGCUGGUCUGAUUGAACAGGCUCGUAAGUGGUUCAAUGAAAUGAGAGAAGUUGGUUGUACGCCUAACGUCGUCACAUAUACCGCUCUUAUCCAUGCUUAUCUUAAGGCUAAGAAGUUCAGCUAUGCCAAUGAGCUGUUUGAAACGAUGCUGUCUGAAGGGUGUCUCCCUAAUAUUGUUACAUAUUCUGCCUUAAUUGAUGGCCACUGCAAAGCUGGACAAGUGGAGAAAGCUUGCCAGAUUUUUGAAAGAAUGUGUGGCAGCAAAGAUGUUCUAGAUGUAGAUAUGUACUUCAAGCAGUAUGAUGAUGACAGCGAGAGGCCGAAUGUAGUUACAUAUGGAGCUUUACUGGAUGGUUUCUGCAAGUCGCAUAGGGUUGAAGAAGCUCGUAAAUUGUUGGAUGCUAUGUCUAUGGAAGGUUGUGAACCGAAUGAGAUUGUAUAUGAUGCUCUCAUUGAUGGACUCUGUAAGGUUGGGAAACUAGACGAAGCACAAGAAGUGAAAACUGAGAUGUCUGAGCAUGGAUUCCCUGCGACCUUAUAUACUUACAGUUCUCUGAUUGAUCGUUAUUUCAAAGUGAAGCGCCAAGAUUUAGCCUCAAAAGUAUUGUCUAAGAUGCUUGAGAAUUCUUGUGCGCCCAAUGUGGUUAUAUACACUGAGAUGAUUGAUGGCUUAUGCAAGGUUGGUAAAACUGAUGAAGCCUAUAAGCUUAUGCUAAUGAUGGAAGAAAAAGGGUGUCAGCCUAAUGUUGUGACAUAUACAGCGAUGAUUGAUGGAUUUGGAAUGAUUGGUAAAAUAGCCACAUGCCUUGAGCUCUUAGAGCGAAUGGGUUCCAAAGGUGUUGCUCCAAAUUAUGUUACUUAUAGGGUCUUGAUAGAUCAUUGUUGCAAAAAUGGUGUGCUGGAUGUGGCCCAGCAUCUUCUAGAAGAAAUGAAACAGACACAUUGGCCUACACACGCAGCCGGAUAUCGCAAAGUCAUUGACGGAUACAAUAAAGAAUUCAUAGAGUCUAUAGGGCUUCUUGAUGAGAUAGGCCAGGAUGAAACUGCCCCUUUUCUUUCUGUAUAUAGGCUUUUAAUUGAUAAUCUUAUUAAAGCUCAAAGGCUGGAAAUGGCUCUUAGGCUUCUUGAAGAGGUUGCAACAUUUUCAGCCACUUUGGUUGACUACAGUAGCACAUAUAAUUCGAUGAUUGAAAGCCUUUGCCUUGCUAAUAAAGUGGACGAGGCUUUUCAGUUGUUCUCAGAAAUGACGAAGAAAGGUGUCAUUCCGGAGAUGCAAACAUUCUGUAGUCUUAUCAAGGGACUUUUCCGAAACAGCAAGAUCGAUGAAGCACUUUUGCUUCUAGAUUUUAUAUCUCAUAUGGAAAUUCAGUGGAUAGAAGAAAAGAAAACAUCUGAUGGGACUUAGGCAUAAUGUGUAGUUCUGAUUUGCUCAGCUAGUUGGUUCAUCCUAAUAUCGAGCCUCCUAGUCAAACCCUGGAAUUUCGAAGGUUGGAAGCUAUGGAUAAUGCAUGAAGCGCAAUGAAUUGUUGGACCAAACUUCUUUGUUCUGCUUUGAGCAUGAUGUGUAAAUGUAUACUUCUAAUGACUCUCAGUAGAGUUGAAUGGCCUCCUUUAAACACUCUACAACUGCAUUAAAGCUUUGACUCAGAUGAAGAUGAUUUUGAGGAAGCAGACGAUGCUGAAUUGGACUUAGAUGAAUAUAACUCUGAGGAAGCAGAUGAUAUUGAAUUGGACGAAAAUGAAGUUGAAGAUGGUGGAGAUGACUCUGCUUCUGAUUCGCCAGGGGAUUAUCAAAUAG